AAAACGUGGUGUUGUAUUUGCAAUUUUCACGGUCCUGCCGCCUCCGCCUCACCAGAGCGGGGGUCUCGCGCGCGGCCGCGGCCUCCUCGGCGCUCGGUGCUCGUCGCUCAUCUACGGCCUAGCUGGUAAAGUGUAUUCCAUUGGGAGAAGCAAUGUCUGGAGUAAUAACUAAGUUCGCUGUUACAUCGAUGUUCAUGUGGAUGGCCCCAGUUGCAAUUAUGUAUGGGUUCUACCACCGGAUUUUUCCAGGUAUUAGUCAGCUUUCAUCCUCAGCGCAAACUCUGGCCAGUGGGUUCCUUGCUGUCAUAUCAGUUAAUAUUGUGAUUGGCUUCUACAUAUACUCCGCGAUGAAGGUGGCUCCUUGCCAAGAGCCACAACCUGAUGCAACCUUCUUAGCGAAUGCUAAAGCAAGUAUUAACCAGCCAGCAUCUUCUCAAGUGAGUGAUGAUUCCAACGGGAAGGGGAAGGUGGAGUAGGCAAUAACACAACUUGACUUGGGUUUUCUUUCCAGUAUACACAUGUUAUUCAGAAUCAGUUGUGUUAUGUGCAUAAAGCAACAUCACUGCCAUUCAUUAGA